CCGCCCGCCGGCCCGCUCCGGAGCCCGCCGCGGCACCUGCUCCAGCCAGCGCCCCGGCCGGAAGCGGAGGGAGGCGGCCGCUCGGCCUCGCCCUGCCCCGGGGCCGCUCCCUGCACAGACCGGGGCUGAGGGGCCAUGGGCGCGGGCCGGGGCUGCGCGCUGCUGCUGCUGCUGCUCUGGGGGGCGGCCCGGGCCGCGGCGGCGGCGGCUCCCCCGCUGUGCAACGUGAGCCUGGAGCAGGAGCCGCGGCAGCGCUGGCUGCCCGCCCUGCGGCACUUCGACCCGGCCUUCCUGCGGGCGGCGCUGGCCCGGGUCAUCGAUGAAACUGUACCUAAGUGGGUCCAUGCUGCCAUUCGGCCAGUAGCAGAAGAACUGGAGUUUUUUAUCCCUCAACCCUUUGCAGGAGAGAUCCUGGGAAUGUGCAAGGCACUGGGGAUUAGUGUUGGAGAUGGAAUUCUCAUCAAUUUGGCCUAUGAAUUUUCUGCGUUCUGUACCAGUAUUGUUGCUCAAGAUUUCCAGGGAAACAUUUACCAUGGUCGGAACAUGGAUUAUGCUUUUGGAGAUAUUUUACGCAAGAUUACAAUUGACGUGCAGUUUAUGCAAAAUGGGCAGGUAGCGUAUAAGGGUACCACAUUUAUAGGCUAUGUGGGUUUAUGGACCGGACAGAGUCCACACAAGUUUACAAUCUCUGGUGACGAACGAGAUAAGGGAAGAUGGUGGGAGAAUGCAGUAGCUGCUUUCCUGGGUGGAAACGUCCCAGUCAGCUGGCUUGUCAGGGAUACCCUGGGCACGGCUGCAGACUUUCAAGCUGCCGUCCUCAAACUGGCUGCAACCCCGAUCAUUGCGGAUGUUUACUACAUCGUCGCCGGGACGUCGCCCAAAGAGGGUGUGGUCAUCACAAGGAAUAGAAGGGGGCCGGCAGACAUCUGGCCUCUUGAGCCCACAGCUGGAGCGUGGUUCCGUGUAGAGACAAACUAUGACCACUGGACAACCCCUCCUCCAUUUGAUAAUCGAAGAACUGCAGCCAUUAAAGCUCUCAAUGCCACUGGAUGGGAGAAUAUUAAUUUUGAGACCCUCUUUCAGUUACACAAUAUAUACCACAGUAAUGAGUGCUGCAGUCCCAGACAAGUACAUGACACGGAUCAGAACCUUGGAGUGAACAUGUACAAAAGGAGGAAAAGCUGAAGCUUUCCAAGUCCAGCAUUACUUUUAAACUAAAUUAAUGCACUGUAGUUGUUUUGUACAAAACAAUUCCCUGAAGAUUUCAGGUAAAGCUGACUUGCCCAAUUCUGAUUUUGUUCAUGUUCUGGAAUGAAGAUGUGAUUUUGCACUCCACAUGCUUUAUGAAAAUAUGCUUAUGAAUGUGAAUAUGAUGUCACUGGAAUAUGCUUCAUGCAAAAGGUCUCUUGUAAGGUAUCAUUACAAAGCUUAUAAUCUGAAUG